AUGAACAAACCAUUGUUCCUGCACAUUGUGGAUCGACUCUCUAACGAAGUUGACUUCUUCCGCCAAAAGAAAGACGGUCUCGGAAGGUUGGGUCUAUCAGCACUCCAAAAGUGUACGGCAGCCAUUCGUCUAUUGGCGUAUGGUACUGCUGCGGAUACGGUCGACGAAUACCUCCGCCUUGGUGAAACUACAAGUCGGUCAUGCUUGGAGAAUUUUGUGGAAGGUAUUAUACAUUUAUUCGGUGUUGAGUACCUAAGAAGACCAACACCGGCUGACCUUCAACGACUACUUGAUAUGGGAGAGUACCGUGGAUUUCCCGGGAUGGUAGGAAGCAUCGAUUGUAUGCACUGGGAAUGGAAGAAUUGUCCCACCGCUUGGAAAGGGCAAUAUUCGCGUGGUUCGGGUAAACCAACAAUCGUUUUGGAGGCGGUUGCUUCAUACGAUCUCUGGAUAUGGCAUGCGUUUUUUGGACCUCCAGCUCCGCAAGUGACUUACUCUGUCAAUGGAAGAGAGUAUCACUUGGCUUACUAUCUGACCGAUGGUAUUUAUCCGAAAUGGUCAACUUUUAUCCAAUCUAUUUCACUACCACAAGGGCCGAAAGCAAUUUUAUUUGCGCAACAGCAGGAAGCUGUCCGAAAAGAUGUCGAGCGUGCUUUUGGAGUCUUGCAAGCUCGGUUUGCCAUCGUUAAAAAUCCAGCACUUUUUUGGGAUAAAGUCAAAAUUGGAAAGAUUAUGAGAGCAUGUAUCAUACUCCAUAAUAUGAUAGUAGAAGAUGAACGCGAUGGAUACACGCAAUUUCAUCUUUCCGAGUUCCAACAUGCAGAAGACAACGGAAGUUCACAUGUGGAUCUCAACUUUUCUACAGAUAUCCCUUCAAAUGUCGCCAAUAUGAUGGGUGUUCGAACUAGAAUUCGUGAUAGACAAAUGCAUGAACAACUAAAAGCUGAUUUGGUUGAACAUUUGUGGAAUAAAUUUGGACAUGAUGAAGACAACAAUUGA